AUCGACAUUGCAAUUCUGAUAAUAUUAUUACAUUAAUAUGAGCAUGGCGAGCUCCGACCAAAGCAUCCACGUCCUUCUCCUCCCGUUCCCGGUCCAGGGCCACAUCAACCCGUUGCUCCAGUUCGGCAAGCGGCUCGCCGGCCGCAAUGGCGUCCGGUGCACCCUCGCGGCGACCCGUUUCGUCGUCAACUCGACCAAGCCGACCCCAAGCUCGGUCCACGUCGCCGUCUUCUCCGACGGCUGCGACAACGGCGGCCCCGACGAGUUAGGAGGAAUAGGCGGCCCCUACUUCGAGCGGCUCGAGUGUGCCGGGUCCGAGACGCUGGACGAGCUCCUCCGGUCGGAGUCGGAGCGGGGCCGGCCGGUGCACGUGGUGGUGUACGACGCGUUCCUGCCGUGGGCGCAGGGCGUGGCGAGGCGGCGCGGCGCGGCGUGUGCGGCGUUCCUCACGCAGACGUGCGCCGUGGACGCGCUGUACGCGCACGCGUGGGCCGGACGUAUACCGCCCCCGCCAUUGCGGCCGGGGGAGUUCCCGGAGCUGGCCGGGCUGCCGUCCAAGCUCGAACUGACCGACAUGCCGACGUUCUUGGCUGACACGAACUACCCCCCGUGUUUCCGGGAGUUGUUGGUGAACCAGUUCCUGGGGUUGGACACCGUGGACCAUGUGCUCAUCAACUCGUUCUAUGACUUGGAGCCGCAGGAAGCGGACUACUUGGCGUCUACGUGGGGUGCCAAGACAGUGGGUCCAACUGUGCCCUCGGCGUACCUCGACAACCGCCUCCCGGACGACGUAUCCUACGGCGUCCACCUCCACACCCCAAUGGCGGCGGAAAGCAAGGCAUGGCUUGACACCCACCCCACCGGCUCUGUCUUGUACGUCUCCUUUGGCAGCAUGGCCUCCCUGGGCUCUGAGCAGAUGGCCGAGAUAGCCGAGGGCCUGUAUAGCAGCGGGAAGCCCUUCUUGUGGGUUGUCAGAGCCAAGGAGACCGCUAAGCUGCCUAAGAAUUUCGCUGACAAAGCUAAGUCUAGGGGGCUCAUCGUGCCAUGGUGCCCACAGCUGGAGGUGCUAGCGCACCCGUCCAUCGGUUGCUUCAUGACGCAUUGUGGCUGGAACUCGACGGUGGAGGCGCUUAGCGCCGGCGUGCCCAUGGUAGCGAUGCCGAAUUGGUCAGACCAAACAACGAAUGCCAAGUACAUCCAAGAUGUGUGGUGCGUCGGUGUGCGGGUGCAGCCAGACGCCAAAGGGGUGGUGAGGAGCGAGGAGGUGGAGAGGCGCGUGCGGGAGGUGAUGGAAGGGGAAAUGCGCAAGGAGUUCAGGAAGAAAGCUUUGGACUGGAGCAACAGGGCAAGAAAGGCCAUGAGCGAAGGUGGCAGCUCGGAUAUCAACAUUUCAGAUUUCCUCUCUAGUUUUGGGAACCCGGAAUGAUCAAUAUUGGGACCCUUUGACUCGUAUAUAUGGAAUAACCUUGUACCACUGCACCCUAGUAUUUUUCCUUGAAAUGAACAUGACACACAACGAUGUGGAG